AUUGGGGGGGGGCUCAAUUACACAGUUUCUUCAAUAUCCAGCUAUUUAGGGACCUUUAGUUUAUCAUUUAUGGUGAAAAAAUCGAAGGGGUGCUCCGGGGUAUCCAUGAGUCCCCCCUACAUUCACGUUGGAUCCGCCCCUGGAAGCAAAGAAGCAUAUGUCCUUGCCCCAAGGAAGGAGGUCACCCAUGGCGUCAAGCUCACUCCAUCUCCAUCCAUGGCUACCUUAAUUAGCUUAGCUAACCUAACCCAGGUUGCAUUGCAUAUGCUCCUGCCAUCUCCAUCAACCAAUCCAAGCUAUCUAUCUAAUUCCAUUCUCACAACACAUUUGCAUGCAUCUAUAUAAAGUGUAAUAUAAUGUUUAUUACAACACGUCGCUGUCACAAAAGCAAGCUUAGUUGACGUGUACACAUCGAACUCCGGCGAGCGGCGGCGGCGGCGAUGGAGCAGCGGCGAGUGUACGAGGAGGUGGAGCCGGAGGUGGAGUGGAGACAGGCCGGCGAGGAGCAGGACGUGGUGGAGAUCGCCCUCCCGGGGUUCAGGAAGGAGCAGGUGAGGGUGCAGGUGGACAACCACGGCAUGCUCCGCGCCACCGGCGAGCGGCCGCCGGCGGCGAGGGGGGGGAGGUGGGUGCGCUUCAAGAAGGACCUCCGCCUCCCCGACAACUGCGACGCCGACGCCGUCCGCGCCAGGUUCGACGACCACAAGCUCAUCAUCACGCUCCCCCUCGUCGCCGCCGCCGUCGACGUCGACGAGUCCUCGGCGACGUCGCCGGAGUUCAAGACGCCGCCGGCUCUGUCGCCGGUGCCGCCGCCGCCGCCGCCUCCUCGUACUCGUACGCGCGUUGAGCCGCCGCACCGUCCACCUCCGGUGAAACCCCAGCCGCCACCGUCAUUGCCACCACCACCUCCUCCUCCGCCGCCACCGCCGCCGCCACGUCCACCGUCGGUGAAGCCCCCCGUUGUGCAGCCGAAGCCACAGCCGCCACCAUCAUUGCAACCACCAUCUCCGCCGCCGCCGCCGCCGACACGUCCACCGUCGGUGAAGCCCCCCGUUGUGCAGCCGAAGCCACAGCCGCCACCAACAUUGCCACCACCAUCUCCGCCGCCGCCGCCGCCUACAGUACCACCACGAACUCCGGGGGACACCCCUGCCGUUGUCGAGCCAAAGCCGCAGCCACCACCACCACCACCACGAGCUCCGGUGAAGAUGCCACGUGUUCUCGAGCCAAAGCCCUCGCCGCCGCCGCCAUCGCCGCUGCCACCGCCGCCAGAGGAUUAUUGGUCUCCAACGGCAGUGACUCCUCCGGAACCAACAAAGCCAAAGCCACCGCCGCCAUCGCCGCCGCCGCCGCCGCAGCAACCGUCACAGCGGUAUUGGACCCCGCCUCCGGCUAUCACCCCUGAACCAGCAAAGCCCGCCGCCGGCAAGCCGACAUCCUCGUCGCCGCCGAGCACAAAAGACUCGCCACGGCCGCCGCUUCCUGCGCCAAGUCCAGCAGCAAACGGCGGCGAUCCAAGGCUACCGGCGACUACGCCGCUUUCGAAGCAGAAGAGGAAAGAGGAGAAGAGAGAGAAGGAGGCGCAAGAAAUGGGUCGAGCUGGAGCGGCAGCAGCGGAGGAGGAGCGGCCGCCGGCGACGGCGACGGCGAGCGGAGGUGGGAGGAGGGAGGCGGAGGAGAGGAGGCUGAUGGUGAACAUGGCGGCGGCGGCGGCGGUGCUCGUCGGGAUCAUCGUAUCCGUGUGGCGCACCUUGAGCUCUUGACUCUUGUGUCUCUGACCAAACAGAUGCCAAAUGUGAAUGAUAUGUAAUUAAGCUAAUGUGAUUACAUGUAAAUUAACACCUGCAAAUGUGUAUACUGAAACACCACAUUAAUAACCAAAAUGUACUACUAAUUGCAAGUAUACUUUUGUUACAUUUUCAAUCCAUUUCAUUUCCUAAUGAACAUGAAGAGUUUGCUA